UCACCAUGUUGGCCACCAAACUCCUGACCUCAGGUGAGCCACUCACCUCGGCCUCCCAAAGUGCUGGAAUAACAGGGGUGAGCCACCAUGCCUGGCCUAGUAGGCUGCAUUUAAUGAGAGUAGUUAUAUGAUCUAACCUUUAUGCUAAUAAGCAGUUAUGGUUGGCCAGUAGCCUAAGAACAGUCCUCACAGAAGCAACAAGGCAAACUAAACAGACUCAGGAACUUCCUUGCAAGUUCUAAGCCUGUGAAGGUAGAAGCAUUGGGUUCGACUUUCGUUUGCAUUUAAAAAUAUUUGCAGUCAUGCUAUCAGGCCACAUAGAAGCAGAAAGGAAACUUUUAUGAAUAUUAGAUGAACUGUUAAAGAAAAAGGAAGCAUCAAUUUUAAAGUCAUUUAUUCAAAUAAUAUUUGGGGCUUAUGAAACUAUCAGUUAAACAAGUCAACAAUCCAGUUUAUUUAUUAAAUUUAGAUUAUAUUAAUAUAGUUUAAAAUACAUGACACUUCUUUAGAAUCAUUGGGGAGCCAACAACCUGUAAGUAAACUUCUUCUAAUUAUGAAGCUUAGCCCUUGAAAUAGCAAAUCAUUUCAGUUUAAUAAUGUUGAAUAAAGUUUUCUUCUAAAAAGUAUUUUACUACCUCUAUAUGUAUCUGUGGCAUAAAAUGCUAUCAUAAUUUAACCACAGCUAGAUGAAUUCAGAUCAUCAGUGAAUAUACUAAUUAUUAGAGAUUUUAUAACAUAUGGAUAGCUUCAGGGCUUUUGAAAUGUGAAGGGCAUUCUCUUUUUAUACUAAAAUAUCUGUAGGCUACUUUCCUUUCUAAGUUUUAUGUCUACUUUGUGUUUUUGUUUUCUGAUUUUUAGAUUAAUAUCAGCCAUCAGCUAACAGCUGUCACUUACACUGUCAGUAUGCCUGACCUUAGGAUACUUCACCUGUCCAUGAUUUUUUGCUUUUCAUUUAAAAUAUAUUAGAUGGAGGGACAAGAUUAUGUCUAAUAUAGGAGAACAUGGGCUUUAAUUGGGGAUAGUCAGGUGAGGUGGAGGGCACCAAAGGUGACUGCACUCUGGAAGCCAGCGAUGUUUUGGAUAUGCAGAAUAUCUGGGUAAAAAAAAUUAUGUGUACAUUAUUUGAGGCAUCUCUUAAAUGUAUACAAAGACAAAUACUCUAAGGUUCAUAUUGUUUAGAAGUCCCAAUUCAUAUUAGGGAAAGCACUAGAAAAAAAUUAAUAAAUGUAGUGACACUAGAGUCUGAUAAACCCGUAUUUGAAUGACACUGAGCAACCUUAUUUUUGUUCUUUCUCGUUGACUCUAAAAUGUAGCUGGUAAUGCCUACCUUAUAAGGUUACUGUGAGGACUUAGUGAAAUAAUACGUGGAAAGUGCCUAACUUAGGAUCUGAAUCAAGGCCAGUCCUCCCUCCUUCAAUUGUUAGCUCCCUGUUCCACCUUUUUUUUCCUUCACUUCCCUUGGUAUCUAUAAAAAGUAGGAAAGAAGAGGAUACUUUUUUUUCUUAUUCCUACAAGACUGUUUUACGUAAUGUUCUUUUAGUUGAAUGACAGUCACAUCAUUGGAGAGGUUAGUCUAAUAAUAGCACUGGAGACUUAAGGAUGACAAAGUGCAAGUUUUCAGUUGGAUCUGGACUCCAAUUUAUUUGUUUGUUUGUUUGUUUAUAAUCCACACGGAUUUAGGUGAACCUGACCACUUCUGACAGAAUUAAAAGGAGAAAUUGUGAACUUCUACAAUUAUAUUCACAGGUUUGUGUACUACUGUCUCAGAAACUUAGGAAGCAAAAAAUAUAUAUUAUAGAGAAUAUAGUAUUACACUAAUGAGAUAGUGUGAAGCAGAAUUCCAUUUUCUUUUUCUUUAAUCAUUUUUAAAAUUAUAGAUUUAGGGGUACACAUGCAGUUGUGUUACAUGGUGAUACUGUAUAGUAAGGCCUGGGCUUCCAGUGUACCCAUCCCCCAAAUAGUGUACCUUGUACCCAAUAGGUGGUGUUUCAUCUCUUACGCUCCUCCCACCUUUUGGAAUCUCCAAUGUCUAUUCCACUCUGCAUUGGAUUCCUAGUUAUAUAUAGAAAGGAGAGGACUUUACUCUCCUUUUUCUUUACACAGAUACCUCCAUAGGCACACUACUGUCUUCUAAUGGUUUUGACCUCCUUUAGUAAAAUGUAUAUCAAAUGCCACACAUUCACCUCUGUCAAUUCUACAAAGGCAUCCUAAACCCUGAAUGUGUAGAAUGCAGGAGUAGCAUGGGGCAUCUUUGCUGGUGUUUAGCUCAGCAGAAUCACUUCAAGUGUUCAUUUUGGCAAUUUGGACAUUUUCUUUCCUCCUGUGAAAUGUUUCAGUUCAUCAGUCAAUUCUCCUUCCUUGCUGUUUGGUAAUUUCAACCUAUAUUGUUAAAGAAAACUUUCAAUUACCCUGAAUAAAUCAAGAAUAGAAAAUUACUUGGGUUUCGGUAUCUUCACAGCUGAAAUAAAUUUUCACUGACCCUCAUAGAAUUCUUCUCUCAGAAAUAAUGCCUGUAGAUCAAUUAGUAACACUUAUGUUUUUAAGUAACUUUGCAUUUUCCUCCUAAACCCCCUCCUUGGCCUAAACCUGUUUUCUUUUGAAGGUAGAACACUUAACAUUCUCCAUAUUGGCUCCAUCUUGGUUUUAUAAAUUAAGUUUUUAACAAGUCAGUUUAGGCUGUGUCUUUUAAAAUCACGUAACUAUAGAUUUGAAUCCAAUCACUUUGCUUUGCACGUUGUGUCAACAGAUGUUCAGUGUUUCAUUUUCCUUAAGGGUAUUUGGUUUCUCCCUGACUCUUGGCUUCAAAUACAGAUUCUCUGCUGUUAGCUUUGUCUGUAAGCAUAUAAGCUGUUGAAAGCUGUUUGUAUUCGUGGCCAAGAGCCCCUAGUCCCAAAGCAACAGUUUAUCACUCACCCUGUGUUAUCUUUGCUCCUGCAUUUCUUCAGUCACAAGAACACAACCCCAGCCCAUUAGAUCCGCGGGGCAGCGUGUGUGUUUGCUAUGCAUGGACUGUUUACGGCAAACUGUGUGGGUCAGUCUCAUGUUCCUGGAGUGCUUUGAGCAGCUUUACUAAUCUGUCAGCAUAGUAUGUUCUUGUGGAUAAAUAUAGACAUGCGGGCACUCUGUGAGUUGUAGGUCACUGUUUUACUGUGCAGCUAAAAAUUGUACUAGUGGUAUGAACAGUCUGCCCUGGACGGAAGGCCUGUUUUAGUUUGUCUUCUACUGUAGGUCUUUAGCACCUGACUAAAAAUACACCUGGGGCCAAAAAUAUAAGGCCCCUGCGUUGUGGCUGAGACACUUAUGGUGGCAGUGAGCAACAGGACCAUGGAGCCCAUCAUUAUGUGUUUUGGCUUUGGAACGUAGUCGGUGUAAUUGUUCCAGACUGUUAGUUUGGGUUUCUUUUCAGGCUCAUGGAGAUUACAACUGCUUGUUGGAGACGAUCCUGUGUGAUCAGCUUCAUAAAAGGGCUUGCUUCUCCUGUUGGCAACGGUUACAUCAAGCCUCCGGUUCCACCUGCUUCUGGCACACACAGAGAGAAAGGGCCGCCAACCAUGUUACCCAUCAAUGUGGACCCAGACAGCAAACCAGGAGAAUAUGUCCUCAAAAGUUUAUUUGUCAACUUCACCACUCAGGCCGAACGCAAGAUUCGUAUCAUUAUGGCAGAGCCCCUGGAAAAGCCAUUGACAAAAUCUCUGCAACGUGGAGAAGACCCCCAAUUUGAUCAGGUCAUCAGCUCAAUGAGCUCCCUUUCUGAGUACUGCCUGCCUUCCAUUCUACGUACAUUAUUUGACUGGUAUAAAAGGCAAAAUGGCAUUGAGGAUGAAUCACAUGAAUACAGACCAAGAACAAGCAAUAAAUCAAAAAGCGAUGAACAACAGCGAGAUUAUUUAAUGGAAAGACGGGACCUCGCCAUUGAUUUUAUUUUUUCUUUAGUAUUAAUAGAAGUUUUGAAACAGAUUCCACUUCAUCCUGUAAUAGACAGUUUAAUACAUGAUGUUAUUAACUUGGCUUUCAAGCACUUUAAAUACAAAGAAGGGUACCUUGGUCCCAACACUGGCAAUAUGCACAUUGUGGCAGACCUGUAUGCCGAAGUCCUUGGAGUGUUGGCACAAGCCAAAUUCCCUGCUGUAAAGAAGAAAUUUAUGGCGGAGCUAAAAGAAUUACGGCACAAAGAGCAGAACCCAUAUGUGGUUCAAAGCAUCAUCAGCUUGAUAAUGGGGAUGAAAUUCUUUCGAAUUAAGAUGUAUCCAGUGGAGGAUUUCGAGGCUUCUCUUCAGUUUAUGCAGGAAUGUGCACAUUAUUUCCUCGAGGUCAAAGACAAAGAUAUCAAGCAUGCCUUGGCCGGGCUUUUUGUUGAAAUCCUUGUUCCAGUCGCUGCUGCUGUUAAAAAUGAAGUAAAUGUUCCCUGCCUUAGAAAUUUUGUGGAAAGCCUGUAUGACACCACGCUGGAACUUUCUUCUAGAAAGAAGCAUUCCUUGGCCUUAUACCCUCUGGUGACCUGUUUGCUCUGUGUCAGUCAGAAACAGCUGUUCCUGAACAGGUGGCACAUUUUCCUCAACAACUGCUUGUCCAACCUAAAAAAUAAAGACCCCAAGAUGGCUCGAGUUGCACUGGAAUCUCUCUACAGAUUACUUUGGGUUUACAUGAUUCGAAUUAAAUGUGAAAGCAACACAGCUACUCAGAGCCGACUUAUAACCAUCAUCACAACACUUUUCCCCAAAGGGUCCCGUGGUGUGGUGCCAAGGGAUAUGCCUCUGAACAUCUUUGUGAAAAUCAUCCAGUUCAUUGCCCAGGAACGUUUAGAUUUUGCGAUGAAAGAAAUCAUUUUCGAUUUUCUUUGUGUGGGAAAACCAGCAAAAGCAUUCAGUCUCAAUCCAGAGAGAAUGAACAUUGGUUUACGGGCAUUCUUGGUCAUAGCUGAUAGCUUGCAGCAGAAAGACGGGGAACCUCCCAUGCCGGUUACAGGAGCCGUUCUUCCUUCAGGAAACACAUUGAGAGUAAAGAAAACAUACUUGAGUAAAACGCUCACUGAAGAGGAAGCCAAAAUGAUAGGUAUGUCCUUAUAUUACUCUCAAGUACGAAAAGCUGUAGACAACAUUUUACGGCACCUUGAUAAAGAAGUAGGAAGGUGUAUGAUGCUGACUAAUGUCCAGAUGUUAAACAAAGAACCGGAAGACAUGAUCACGGGUGAGAGAAAGCCAAAAAUAGAUCUUUUCAGGACCUGUGUUGCUGCUAUUCCUCGACUGCUUCCUGAUGGGAUGUCAAAACUUGAACUUAUUGACUUGCUGGCUAGGCUCUCUAUUCAUAUGGAUGAUGAAUUGCGACAUAUUGCACAAAAUUCUCUUCAGGGUUUACUUGUUGACUUCUCAGACUGGAGAGAAGAUGUACUAUUUGGCUUUACCAACUUCCUGCUCCGGGAAGUAAAUGAUAUGCAUCACACACUCCUUGAUUCGUCCCUGAAGUUGCUGCUGCAGCUGCUUACCCAGUGGAAACUGGUCAUACAGACACAAGGAAAAGUCUAUGAACAAGCCAACAAAAUCAGAAAUUCAGAGCUCAUUGCAAAUGGCUCCAGUCACAGAAUUCAGUCGGAACGCGGUCCCCACUGCAGUGUACUCCACGCUGUAGAAGGUUUUGCUCUAGUUUUACUCUGCAGUUUCCAGGUGGCCACUCGCAAACUGUCCGUUUUAAUACUCAAGGAAAUUCGAGCGCUAUUUGUUGCCUUGGGACAGCCUGAGGAUGACGACAGGCCGAUGAUUGAUGUCAUGGAUCAGCUAAGUUCUUCCAUUCUAGAAAGUUUCAUUCAUGUAGCAGUUUCGGAUUCAGCAACAUUACCACUGACCCACAAUGUGGAUCUGCAGUGGUUGGUGGAAUGGAACGCAGUCCUGGUCAAUAGCCAUUACGAUGUGAAGAGCCCUUCCCAUGUCUGGAUAUUCGCACAGUCUGUCAAAGACCCCUGGGUGCUCUGCCUCUUCAGCUUCCUCCGGCAGGAGAACUUGCCCAAGCACUGCCCCACAGCCCUCAGCUAUGCCUGGCCUUAUGCCUUCACUCGGCUCCAGUCGGUGAUGCCUCUGGUGGACCCAAAUAGCCCAAUUAAUGCCAAGAAAACCAGCACUGCCGGCAGCGGAGACAACUAUGUUACUUUGUGGAGAAAUUACCUAAUUCUUUGUUUUGGAGUUGCAAAACCCAGUAUUAUGAGCCCAGGACACUUGAGAGCCUCCACUCCAGAAAUAAUGGCGACCACACCUGAUGGUACAGUGAGCUACGAUAACAAGGCCAUAGGCACCCCAUCGGUGGGAGUUCUGUUAAAGCAGUUGGUGCCUUUGAUGAGACUAGAGAGCAUUGAGAUCACAGAGUCCUUAGUUUUAGGAUUUGGAAGAACAAAUUCCCUUGUUUUCAGAGAAUUGGUAGAAGAACUUCAUCCAUUAAUGAAAGAAGCUCUGGAAAGAAGACCAGAGAACAAGAAACGCCGAGAACGGCGAGACUUGUUAAGGCUACAGCUACUUCGAAUUUUCGAACUUCUGGCUGAUGCUGCUGUAAUAAGUGACAGCACAAAUGGAGCCUUAGAGCGGGAUACUUUAGCCCUGGGAGCUUUGUUCUUAGAAUAUGUGGACUUGACCCGCAUGCUUCUAGAAGCUGAAAAUGACAAAGAAGUUGAAAUUCUUAAAGAUAUCCGGGCACAUUUUAGUGCAAUGGUCGCCAACUUGAUUCAGUGUGUUCCAGUUCACCAUCGAAGAUUUCUCUUCCCCCAGCAAAGCCUGAGGCACCAUCUUUUCAUCUUAUUCAGCCAGUGGGCAGGACCCUUCAGCAUUAUGUUCACUCCUCUGGAUCGUUACAGCGACAGAAAUCAUCAGAUUACAAGAUAUCAGUAUUGUGCAUUAAAAGCAAUGUCAGCAGUACUGUGCUGUGGCCCUGUCUUUGACAAUGUGGGCCUUUCCCCAGAUGGCUACCUAUAUAAGUGGCUUGACAACAUUCUGGCUUGUCAAGAUUUACGAGUUCAUCAACUUGGCUGCGAAGUUGUUGUCUUGCUACUGGAACUUAAUCCUGACCAAAUAAAUCUUUUUAAUUGGGCAAUUGACCGAUGCUACACAGGUUCCUACCAACUUGCGUCUGGCUGCUUCAAAGCCAUAGCAACCGUGUGUGGAAGCAGGAACUAUCCCUUCGACAUAGUGACAUUGUUGAACCUUGUUCUAUUCAAGGCCUCUGACACCAACAGAGAGAUUUAUGAAAUCUCCAUGCAGCUCAUGCAGAUCCUUGAAGCAAAGCUUUUUGUAUACUCAAAGAAAGUUGCUGAACAAAGACCAGGAAGUAUUCUCUAUGGAACUCACGGCCCACUGCCACCCCUCUACAGUGUGUCACUUGCCCUCUUGUCAUGCGAGCUGGCCAGGAUGUACCCUGAACUUACACUCCCCCUCUUCUCAGAGGUAAGCCAGCGAUUCCCCACGACACACCCCAAUGGGCGCCAGAUCAUGCUCACCUACCUGCUGCCCUGGCUGCACAACAUCGAGCUGGUGGACAGCAGGCUCCUCCUCCCAGGAUCCAGCCCCAGCAGCCCAGAGGACGAAGUAAAGGACCGGGAGGGCGAUGCGACUGCUUCUCACGGGCUGAGAGGAAAUGGCUGGGGCUCUCCAGAAGCCACGUCACUGGUCCUGAACAACCUCAUGUACAUGACGGCCAAGUAUGGAGAUGAAGUUCCUGGGCCAGAAAUGGAAAAUGCUUGGAAUGCUUUGGCCAACAAUGAGAAAUGGAGCAACAACCUGAGGAUCACCUUGCAGUUCCUGAUUAGCCUCUGUGGGGUCAGCAGUGACACAGUUCUUCUGCCCUAUAUUAAAAAAGUGGCAAUAUACUUGUGCCGUAACAACACCAUCCAAACCAUGGAAGAGCUUCUCUUCGAGCUGCAGCAGACAGACCCCGUGAACCCCAUCGUCCAGCACUGCGACAACCCGCCCUUCUACCGCUUCACGGCCAGCAGCAAGGCCUCCGCAGCAGCCUCGGGAACCACCUCUAGCAGCAACACAGUGGUUGCUGGCCAGGACAAUUUCCCAGAUGCAGAAGAGAACAAGAUAUUGAAAGAAUCUGAUGAAAGGUUUAGUAAUGUCAUCAGAGCCCACACUCGCCUCGAGUCAAGAUACAGCAAUAGCUCUGGAGGGUCCUACGAUGAGGAUAAAAAUGAUCCAAUUUCUCCCUAUACGGGCUGGUUGCUGACUAUUACAGAGACCAAGCAGCCGCAGCCUUUACCGAUGCCUUGUACCGGAGGAUGCUGGGCACCCCUGGUUGACUAUCUCCCGGAGACCAUCACUCCCCGGGGACCACUCCAUAGGUGCAAUAUUGCUGUAAUUUUUAUGACUGAAAUGGUGGUGGAUCACAGCGUACGAGAAGAUUGGGCGCUUCAUCUACCAUUAUUACUUCACGCUGUCUUCUUAGGUUUGGACCAUUACCGGCCUGAAGUCUUUGAACACAGCAAAAAACUGCUUCUUCACCUCUUGAUUGCCCUCUCUUGCAACAGCAAUUUCCAUUCCAUUGCUUCCGUGCUUCUGCAGACUCGAGAGAUGGGUGAAGCUAAGACCCUAACCGUGCAGCCAGCUUACCAACCUGAAUAUCUCUAUACAGGUGGCUUUGACUUCCUCAGAGAGGACCAGUCAUCCCCGGUCCCCGACUCAGGGCUUAGCUCCAGCUCCACCUCCUCCAGCAUCAGUCUGGGAGGCAGCAGCGGGAACCUCCCACAGAUGACCCAGGAGGUAGAAGACGUGGACACAGCUGCUGAAACAGAUGAGAAGGCAAACAAGCUCAUUGAGUUUCUGACGACCAGGGCAUUUGGUCCACUUUGGUGCCAUGAAGACAUCACACCUAAAAAUCAAAACUCAAAGAGUGCUGAACAGCUCACUAAUUUUCUACGUCACGUUGUGUCUGUAUUUAAAGAUUCCAAAUCAGGCUUCCAUCUGGAGCACCAAUUGAGUGAAGUUGCAUUGCAAACAGCCCUCGCAAGCUCUUCAAGGCACUAUGCUGGUCGGUCCUUCCAGAUAUUCCGAGCCCUCAAGCAACCUCUGUCAGCACAUGCUUUAUCUGACCUUCUCUCGAGAUUGGUGGAGGUGAUCGGAGAACACGGAGAUGAGAUUCAGGGUUAUGUAAUGGAAGCACUCCUUACCUUGGAGGCGGCUGUGGAUAACUUAUCUGACUGCUUGAAGAACAGUGACCUCCUAACUGUAUUGUCCCGCUCUUCCUCACCAGAUUUAAGCUCCAGCAGUAAACUCACAGCAAGCAGAAAGAGCACAGGACAGCUAAACGUGAACCCUGGGACCACCAGCGGCAACACCACGACUGCAGAACGGAGCCGGCAUCAACGAAGCUUUUCUGUGCCCAAGAAGUUUGGUGUCAUCGACCGAUCCUCCGACCCACCUCGAAGUGCCACACUGGACAGAAUUCAGGCUUGUACCCAACAAGGCCUCUCCUCAAAAACCAGAAGCUCAUCCUCCUUAAAGGACAGUCUCACGGACCCAUCCCACAUAAACCAUCCCACCAACCUUCUGGCCACCAUCUUCUGGGUCACAGUAGCCUUGAUGGAGUCUGAUUUUGAGUUUGAAUACUUAAUGGCCUUAAGGCUGUUAAGCAGACUACUGGCACAUAUGCCGCUCGAUAAGGCUGAGCACCGAGAAAAGCUUGAGAAACUCCAGGCGCAGCUCAAGUGGGCUGACUUCUCAGGCCUGCAGCAGCUGCUGCUGAAAGGAUUCACAUCCGUCACCACCACAGACCUGACCCUGCAGCUCUUCAGUCUGCUGACGCCAGUGUCCAAAAUAUCCAUGGUGGAUGCAUCCCAUGCUAUUGGGUUUCCACUGAAUGUCUUGUGUCUCCUGCCUCAGCUGAUUCAACAUUUUGAAAAUCCCAAUCAGUUCUGUAAGGACAUAGCUGAAAGGAUUGCUCAGGUUUGUUUAGAAGAGAAGAACCCCAAACUUUCAAAUCUUGCACAUGUCAUGACUCUUUAUAAAACACACAGCUACACAAGGGACUGUGCCACGUGGGUUAAUGUGGUCUGUCGAUACCUUCAUGAAGCAUAUGCUGACAUUACCUUGAAUAUGGUUACCUACCUGGCAGAGCUGCUGGAGAAGGGCCUCCCUAGUGUGCAGCAGCCCCUGCUCCAGGUGAUCUACAGUCUGCUCAGUUACAUGGACCUUUCUGUCAUUCCUGUCAAACAGUUUAAUGUGGAAGUUCUGAAGACAAUUGAAAAAUAUGUGCAGAGUGUUCACUGGAGAGAAGCUCUGAAUAUCUUGAAGCUGGUAGUGUCUCGGUCAGCCAGCCUCGUUUUACCUUCGUACCAGCACAGUGACCUCUCAAAAAUAGAAAUACAUCGAGUGUGGACUAGUGCUUCCAAGGAAUUACCUGGGAAGACCCUGGACUUCCACUUCGAUAUUUCAGAGACUCCAAUCAUAGGGAGGCGGUAUGAUGAGCUGCAGAAUUCUUCUGGGCGUGAUGGGAAGCCCAGGGCCAUGGCCGUCACCCGGAGCACGUCUUCCACUUCUUCAGGCUCCAACUCCAAUGUCCUUGUUCCUGUGAGCUGGAAAAGGCCCCAGUAUUCUCAGAAGAGAACAAAAGAGAAGUUGGUCCAUGUCCUUUCUCUGUGUGGCCAAGAAGUAGGAUUGAGCAAAAAUCCAUCAGUGAUUUUUUCAUCGUGUGGGGAUCUGGAUCUACUCGAGCACCAGACAAGCUUGGUUUCUUCUGAGGACGGCGCCCGAGAGCAGGAGAACAUGGAUGACACAAACAGUGAACAGCAGUUUAGAGUCUUCAGAGACUUCGACUUCCUAGAUGUGGAGCUGGAGGAUGGAGAGGAACUUCAGGGUGAGAGUAUGGACAAUUUCAACUGGGGAGUGCGCAGACGUUCUCUGGACAGCCUGGACAAGUGUGAUAUGCAGAUUCUGGAGGAGCGCCAGCUGUCAGGAAGUACUCCCAGCCUGAAUAAAAUGAACCAUGAGGACUCCGAUGAGUCAUCUGAGGAGGAGGACCUCACAGCCAGCCAGAUCCUGGAGCACUCAGACCUAAUCAUGACUCUUUCCCCCUCUGAAGAGACAAAUCCCAUGGAGCUGCUCACCACAGCCUGUGACUUGGCCCCUACGGACCCUCAUUCCUUUAACACCAGAAUGUCCAGCUUUGAUGCUUCCUUGCCUGAUAUGAAUAAUCUGCAGAUUUCUGAGGGUUCAAAGGCUGAAGCUGUUCGUGAGGAGGAGGACACCACCGUGCAUGAGGAUGAUCUUUCUAGUUCCAUCAAUGAACUCCCAGCAGCUUUUGAAUGCAGUGACAGCUUUAGCCUGGACAUGACUGAGGGGGAAGAAAAAGGCAAUCGGGCACUGGACCAGUUUACCCUGGCGAGCUUUGGAGAAGGUGACAGGGGAGUCUCUCCCCCUCCCUCACCCUUCUUCUCAGCCAUCCUUGCCGCCUUUCAGCCCGCAGCCUGUGACGAUGCCGAGGAGGCCUGGCGCAGCCACAUCAACCAGCUUAUGUGCGACUCGGACGGCUCCUGUGCUGUGUAUACAUUUCAUGUGUUCUCCUCUUUGUUUAAGAAUAUUCAGAAAAGGUUCUGCUUCCUAACCUGUGAUGCAGCCAGUUACCUUGGAGAUAACCUCCGGGGAAUCGGAUCCAAAUUUGUCAGCUCUUCCCAGAUGCUCACCUCCUGCUCUGAAUGCCCUACACUUUUUGUGGAUGCAGAGACUCUCCUUUCAUGUGGACUUCUGGACAAGCUCAAGUUCAGUGUAUUAGAACUGCAAGAAUAUUUGGAUACCUACAACAACAGAAAAGAGGCCACACUCUCAUGGCUUGCAAAUUGUAAGGCAACAUUUGCGGGAGGAUCAAGAGAUGGAGUAAUUACCUGUCAACCAGGAGACUCCGAAGAAAAGCAAAUGGAAUCUCUUGCACAAUUGGAGCUGUGUCAGAGGUUAUAUAAGUUGCACUUCCAGCUGCUGCUGCUUUUUCAGUCCUACUGUAAGCUCAUUGGCCAGGUGCAUGAAGUUAGCUCCAUGCCAGAGCUGCUGAAUAUGUCCAGGGAACUGAGUGACCUAAAGAAACACCUGAAGGAAGCCACCGCCGCCAUUGCAGCCGACCCUCUCUAUUCAGAGGGUGCAUGGUCCGAGCCGACCUUCACGUCCACUGAAGCGGCCAUCCAGUCCAUGCUGGAGUGCCUGAAAAACAACGAACUCGGCAAAGCUUUGCGGCAGAUCAGGGAGUGCAGAAGUCUAUGGCCCAAUGACAUCUUUGGAAGCAGUUCUGAUGAUGAGGUCCAGACACUGCUGAAUAUUUAUUUCCGUCACCAAACUCUGGGACAGACGGGUACUUACGCUCUGGUGGGGUCUAACCAGAGCCUGACGGAGAUCUGCACCAAGCUGAUGGAGCUGAACAUGGAGAUCCGGGACAUGAUCCGCAGGGCCCAGAGUUACCGCGUGCUCACUACUUUUCUUCCAGACUCCAGUGUUUCCGGCACUAGUCUCUGACAGGAGCCUCCUGUCCCCACUGGGUUCCAAACUGGCAGUGCUGCCAUGCUGGGGCGACGUCAUUCAGUGUCUUCUCGGCCUUCAAAAGGCUUGGACAGACUGUUCUCCCUCUUGUUACCUGUAGGGCUUUUUCUAAAGAGGAUGGCAGAACUUCCAAUGUGUAGCAAUACUAUAAGAACCAAGGUAGCUUAGAACAUCCUGGACAGACUCCACUCGUCAUGCUGUGUGGCACAAAUGGGUGACAUUUGACCGAGCAUAUGCAACUCACUACUGAAGAAGUGACUUCCGUUGCAUACCAAAGCUGACUACACUGAACAGUACCUUCCUUUCUAGAAACAAUUUUAGAUUGGCAAAAGUGCAAUGUUUUCUUCACUCAAAAAAUUUUAUAUUCUCAAACAUGUACAUUCUCUCCCUUUCUUGUUCCUUUGUUUUGUUUUCUUUUUCCUUUCUUUAGUGGGCUGAGAAAGGGGCAGGCAGAAUGACGCUGGCCACUGAAAACUGUAAGAUGGUCAAAAGCUGACAGCCUGUGUAUGUGAAAAGGGAAUUGUAAAUGGACGGCAAUGUAAUGUACACUGUAAUUUGAAUAGAAUUACUGUAUCUAAAAGGAGCUGCUAUGAACUACCUUUCUUACGUUGCUAGGCUACUGUUUCUGAAGGCCCUGGAUCUCUUUGCACCAAAAAUGGUCCAGAUAGACUCUUUUUAAGGAUCUUGGCUGCUUUUUACUAGAAGGUUGCUUUUCUGAGCAUAUUUAUACUGCAGAAGGAUGAGUGUUAAUUUUAAUUAACUUUGCCAUUUUGUAGAGAAAAACUAUUCACAGUGUAAAUUCCAAGUCUUCUCACCAGUCAGGCAUGCAUAUUUUAAUAUCCGUUUGGAUAGCCGAAAGUAGAAUCAUAAAGGUAAAAUAUGAGUUGUUACUUUGUUUCUUAAAUGUCAUAUUUUAUGUGUGAUGUAUAUGUAAAGGGCCAUUCUUCAGUUCUCUCCUUAAACAAUGCUGUCAAGUGUUCGAUGUGUGCAUGUGAACUUGCUGCACAGCAGAAACAUAUUCAGAGUUUAUCUAUGUAACUUAUUCACUCUGUAAAUACAUUUAAAGUUUUUGUGAUGUAAGCUUACUUGAUAUUCUGUUCAGAACUUUUUUUAAACUAAAAAAAAAAAAAAAAAGACAAAAUACAUGUUGACCAUGGAUUUUAUUUCUGGUUAAUGAAAAUGUUUGACCUGGGCACACAUGAAGUUUUGCAUGUGAAUUGCCAAAGUAACAACCCCAAGGGACAUUCCUCACAUGUGUGCUAUGAACGGCACCCAUGUAGGUCAUGCCACGCAUGGCCCUUAUGAAGCUAGAGGUAAGUAUAAUCUCUUGGGAAGUUGGCUUCAAAACUGUGAGCUUCAAUCAAUUCUCUGUAACUAACCAAGGAAAAAAAAAAUCAGAAAAAAGUGAGAGCUCUAAUUCCCCAUAAUCUAUAAUUAGGUUGUCAUCCUUCAGAUUUGGAAAUUGAUUCUGUAGUGAGCAGAAAAAAGCAGGAGAAGUUUUAAUUCUGUCACCAACACCUAUCUGCUACCUACCACACUAGGAAAACAGGAAUGCAGGGAGAAACACGUAACAAUCUCAUUUAUGCUGUCUUUCUAUUCAUAUUUUAUUUGGACUAACAAAUAUAACUUGUUUUACUAGCACACGACUACUGAAUCAUUGGCAGUAAUAUUCUAGGAGUAUCCUACAGAAAAGAACCUAACCUAGGAUUUUUUUUAUGUUACCACAGAUAUAACUACUAGUAGAUUUUAAUAAUUUUCUGAACUGCUGUAUACAUAUUUUUCUGAUGGUUUAAUUUUUUUCAACUUGUCUGAAAGAUGAUUUGCUAUGAUUUGUAGUAACAACCGAAUCAUGAUCUCUCUGAAAAAUACCUCAUAAAAUAAAGGUUUCUGUGGGUAACCACAAUAGCCAACUUUCAGAGAGUUUUGUUAGAAGGCACAGUAGAAAGAACAGAUUCGUCAUGAACUGAAUUUCCCACCAUGCCUUCUUACCCAGCAGAGAACCACUGUGAUGGUUUAGUCUUAAAAAAAAAAAAAA